AUGGUGCGCAGCUUCAUGAUCCGCGGCACGCACGGCCCCAUGCAGACGUUGCUGGAUUGGCGCACGUACGGGUUAAAGGUGCAUUAUAACACCACCACGCCAGGGCAUGUGGGAUGGAUGGGUAGUGACGAGCUGUUAUACAAGGACGUGUAUUUCACCAUGAGCGCGUUCCGCGGGUUUAUUCAUGGCUUGGUGGGAUCGGCGCGCGAGCUGCUGUGGGAGCUAGUGGCGCAGUAUUUGACCCGCGUGGCCCGGUUCAAGGAGAAGCUCGCCGUGGCCAUUCACGUCACGGGCGGCCAGCCCGCGCGGGCGCCCGAGCUGUUGAGCAUCCAGCAUGUUAACACGCAGGCCAGCCGGCACCGGAACAUAUUUAUUGAGGAUGGGAUGGUCACGGCCGUGACGGCGUACCACAAGGGGUUCCACGCGAGUAAUGACAUCAAGUUGAUCCACUGGCAGCGCAGCAGCAGCCAGCGCCGCAGCUAG